AUGAAUGGUUUGCUCAAAUGUAGAAGAGAAUUCGACAGAACAGGUCGACAACACUACCGGUCCAUAAAGCUGCGCGGAAAGAAUGAUACACAACUGGUUAGCACAAUCGUUAGGGGGAAGGAAGUGGAGUGUUUUUCUCUGCUAAAUAAGCCCCUUUUUCCUGGCCUCUCCUACGUACUAAACGCGGAUAGAAACCUUUUGAGGAGUUUCGAAAAAUGCAAAAAAAAAAGUGCGCACAUAGGACUUUUUCUUUUAAAAAAUAUGAAAAAUGAGCAAGUAGGAGGCCUCUUUAAUGACACACAGUUUAUGAUGGAUGUUCCCAUCGGAGGAAAAAAAUCCAAUUUGAAGAAAGACAUAGCCUUCAUUAACGAUGUAGAGGAUGUAUACCACUGCGGAUCGGUAGGGCUUAUCCGAGAGGUUCUCUACAACGAUGAGCAUCCUAGAAACGACACGGAGGGGAGAAGCAACCCCGUGGAGAAGAUCCCCCACAGGAGUAGCUCAAUGGACAGCACAGAAAGAGUAGCCUGUAUGGAUGACUCGCAUGAUGAGAUGGGGAGAAACGAAUGGAGGGGAGGCCCCCUAUUGGACCAAUCCAAACACAUGCAUCGAGUUGUUAUUGAAAUUGCCGAAAAGGUGAAAAUUGUAAAGUGGGUCAAGGGAAAUACAGCCCAGGUGGACGUAAUUAAGCAGCAGAUGUCCAGCGAACGAAAUGGAAAACAAAGCAAACAAAUAAAAGCUUACCAAAUGGAGAUCAUAGACAAAAUAAAAGAAAUUGUGCACAUAAAUAGUGCAUGCAGUGUUGAAUAUAAUUUAUUGUUAAAAUAUUAUGACGUGAAAAAUGUAUACAGUUUGGUAAACCUGGUAGGCAGCAUAACCAUGGGAAAGAGUAGUUCCCUUCAGGAUUUACUGGAAAAAAGUGAUAUAGAGGACCAGCUAGCCAUCUGCUUGGACCUACUAAAUGAAGAUAUUCUAUUGCUAAAAAUGAAGAAAGAAUUAUCAACAAAUUUGAAGAACAAAUUUGAUGAAGAGAAAGAGAAGCUAAUGAUAAGGGAGUGCAUCUCCAACUUGAAAAAAAAAAUAGGAGAAAAAACGGACCACCAAAUUUUAUGCGAUCAAUUUUUUGCCAAAUUUCAAUCAAAGAGGAGUCAUAUGGAUGAAGAAGCUUCCGCAGCUAUCCUACGUGAAGUUAACAAAUUUGUCCUCUACAAUGAACACUGUAAUGAUUAUGCCUCCACAUAUCAGUACCUCAACACCGUCUUGAGUAUCCCCUUUGGUAAGUAUGCCCCUCUCUGUGAAGAUAUCAGUACAUGCGAAAGGACGUUAAGGGAAAGUCACUACGGAUUACACCAAGUGAAGAAAUACAUUCUAGAAUAUGUAGGGCUCUACAUACUAAACAAAAAUGUAAAACCCAAAAUACUUACCCUUGUUGGUUAUCCAGGUAUUGGGAAAACCUCUAUCUGUAAAUCCAUCAGCUCGGCGUUACAAAUCCCCCACUAUAUAAUCAACAUGAAUAACAUUACUAACAUGAAUGAACUUAUUGGGCACAGAAGAACCUACGUGAAUAGCUAUGAAGGAAAAAUAGUACAAGCUCUCAUCUCAACGGAUGUAAUGAACCCUUUAAUCGUUUUGGAUGAAUUGGAUAAAAUUUCUUUUUCGAAUGGCAAUAUAUAUACUACUCUGCUAAACCUUUUUGAUAGCUCACAGAAUAAGGAGUAUAAAGAUAUGUAUGUGAAUUUUCCUAUUAAUCUGGAGAGAGUCUUUUUUGUUUGCACUGCCAACUCGGUUGAGCACAUCCCAGAGACGUUGCUUGAUCGAAUGGAAGUUGUAAAUGUAUAUCCCUACACGAAUGAAGAAAAAAUUUUUAUUUUUAAAAAUUAUUUGGAAAAAAAAAUGCAGGAAGAAACUAAAGUAAGAGAUGUACAUCUGCACAUGUCGGAAGAACUCCUCCUUUAUGUUAUCCAAAAUUAUACGAACGAGAAUGGCAUACGGCAGUUUUACUCUAUUGUUUAUAGUGUCUACAAGAGGAGAGCCUUCAUGCUGCUAAAGGGGGUUACGGGGAGAGUCGAUUUGGGGAUUCACAAUUUGCACGUCUUCCACGACUUUGUGAGUUUGGACUGUCUCCGGCAGAGGGGAGGCGUUCAAGCCGUUCCCUACACACAUGAGGGCAUGAUCAAGUCGCUCGCCUUCACGGAGGAUGGCGGCCAGGUGGUCACCAUAGAGGUG